AUGAUUUUUUUAGAAAAUUUGGUUAUUUUUAUAGAAACAAUUCGUUAUCAGCAUGCUCUUAUUGUUCAAAAGCAUGUGCCAAAGCCCUAUAUGGAUGAGAUUUUUCAUCUAAAUCAAAUGCAAAAAUAUUGUAAAGGGGAGUAUUUUGCAUGGGAUGACAAAAUUACUACGCCACCUGGGAUGUACUGGAUACAUUUGGUGAUACUUAGAGCAACAAAAUGGAUAAUUGGGGAAUGUAAUUUAGUAUCUCUUAGGACUUUGAAUGUUAUUACAGCAACUUUUUUGGCAGUAUGUUUCUCAGGAGUAAUUUUUUAUCUUCGACAAGAUCAAACGAUGAAGAUAACAGAAGCUAUUUUGUUAACGCAAUUUCCACUUUUGUAUUUCUAUUCAACGUUAUAUUAUACAGAUAUAUUAUCUACAUUGCUUGUUUUUUUGUCAUUAUAUUUAACACUUAGAAAACAACAUAAAACAAGUGCAAUGAUUUCUUUUCUUUCAUUGGCAAUUAGACAAACGAAUGUUAUUUGGGUUUUAUUUUUAAUCAGUCUCUCAAUUUUUCCUCCACAAAUAUUUAAACCGAAGAUCAUAGAUACAGAAUUUACUGUUUGGGAUCCACCUGCACGCAGUGCAUGUUUUUUUGGUAAAGAUAAAUUUAUCGUUAAAAAAUCUAAAUUUCUAAGAUUAUUUUCGUUUUAUCAAAUUUUUAUUUCAGCUUUUGAUAAAGCAAUAUAUGGAUAUAAUAAAAAUGAUAUGGCCAUAUAUAAUUGUACUGAUUUAUCAAUAGAUAAUAUGUUAUUAAUAUCAGAAGGUGAUAAAACAAAUCAUAAGAUUGAUAUACAUUUAUUACAAUUAUUUUAUUUUUCAAUCUUUACAGCAUUUUGGGGAUCUCCUCACUUACUGACCAAAAAUUCUAUUCUAUAUUUCUUUAAAUACUCGUUAGGAAGCAGAUUGGCAUGGCUUCGUACAUGUGGAAUCUUGAUUGCAAUAGGAUUGAUUGUACAUUUUAAUACAAAAGAACAUCCGUUUCUUAUAUCAGAUAAUAGACACUAUACAUUUUAUAUCUGGAGAAGAACUAUCAAGGCACAUUCAGCUGCGAAAUAUAUAGCAGUCCCAUUCUACUAUACUAGCAUGUGGGCCAUUUUAAACAAAUUGAUACUAUAUCAAAAAGUUUCUUAUGUUUUAUCAUUUGUAGUUGCUACUACUUUGGUUUUAGGGUUUGUAUCAUUGCUCGAAUUUCGAUAUUUUAUAAUACCAUAUCUCUUGUGGAGAUCUAGUAUCCAAAGUACACAUAAACUAAAGCUGUAUAUAGAAGCAUUUUUAUUUUUGUGUAUUAAUUAUAUUACGAUGGAUAUAUUUUUAUACAAGCCAUUUUUUUGGGAAUCUGAUCCAGGAAAUCUUCAAAGAUUUAUGUGGUAA